ACAAGUCUUAUGGGGUUUAUCCUUUCUUCAAUGGACACAGAAAAAUCCCUCUUUCUUCUCUCCCUCUCUUUCUAAUUUCUACUGAACUUAUAACACCAAUUUUGAAUCUUCUCAUCGGUUUGUUGAAUCAAUUCAUUUAUCUUGCUUUGCUUGAUGCUGGAUUCACUAACGGGUCAAUGUUGUUUGCUUUAUCUCCCCUCAAGUCCUGCACACCUUCUUACCCACUUAAUAAUCACUAUUACCCUUCUCGAAAACGUUCAACUCCAACCAGUCUUCACGUCUCCGCUUCGUUGGUAGAGCCGAAUGGAAUCAAGGUGGAAUAUACCCCAUGGCUGAUUGUUGGUCUGGGGAACCCUGGAAGCAAAUAUCACGGCACUCGCCACAAUGUGGGAUUUGAGAUGAUUGAUCACAUUUCUAAAACAGCUGGCGUUGUGAUGAACACCAUACAGUCAAAGGCAUUGAUUGGAAUAGGUUCUUUUGGGGAAGUGCCAGUUUUGUUAGUGAAGCCUCAAACAUAUAUGAACUUUAGUGGAGAAUCUGUUGGACCAUUAGCUACAUACUAUCAAGUACCCUUGCGGCACAUCUUACUAGUUUAUGAUGAGAUGAGCCUUCCAAAUGGCGUCUUGAGACUUCAACAGAAAGGAGGACAUGGUCAUCACAAUGGAGUAAAAAGCGUGAUAGAUCACUUGGAUGGUUGUCGUAUUUUUCCACGGCUAUGCAUAGGCAUUGGAAAUCCUCCUGGUACAAUGGACAUGAAAGCUUUUCUAUUGCAGAAGUUCAGCAUAUCUGAGCGGAAGCAGGUUGAUGAAUCAUUGCUGCAAGGUGGAGAGGCUGUGAGGAAUCUAGUGAUUAAUGGAUUCAAUGGAAAUAUCAAUAGAUUUAAUCUGCAGCAGAAGUAUAAAUUCCAUAAAGUUUAAUAUCAAUUGUAUUCAUUCCUUGAUGUUUACAUUACAUAAUCAGUCUUCUUAGUUGAAAUCUUAAAAUGUUUUGUUUCUUGUAUUCAUUUUCAUGUAUACAAGCAAUUUUGUUUAAGCACUAGUAAUUAUUUACAUA